AUGGAUUUGUUGCCGCUGCUGGGGAGGGGAGGGAUGAGUCCGGGGUGGAACUCGGGAGGGGGGGGAUGUGAUGGGUUUGGGUCUGGGCAAGGGCUUGGGGAUGGGUCUCAGGUGGGGCAAGGGCUGGGGAUGGGUCUCGGGUGGGAGCAGGGGUUGCGGGAGGAGAGAGAGCGAAAGAGAUUAGAGGGGGAAUGUGGUGGAGAUAAAGGGGGAAGAAGGGGAAGGGGAGGAGGAGGAGGAGGGGCAUGGGAGGGGGAGAGAGAAGGGGAAUGA